GCACAGCCGGCCUCGCGGGAGCCUUGCGCGUCGAGGCGUUGGGAGGGACGGGUCAGUGACCCCGAAGGAGGACUGAGGAGGGCGUUCAAGCCGAGGGAUCCGCCGUUCCGAGGGACCGAGGCGUGUAGGACUGGGGUUUCAUUACUGCUUAAGCUGCAUCCAUGGAGCACAUACAGGGUGCUUGGAAGACGAUCAGCAACGGUUUUGGACUUAAGGAUGCUGUGUUUGACGGCUCCAGCUGCAUCUCCCCAACGAUAGUGCAGCAGUUUGGCUAUCAGCGCCGGGCCUCAGAUGAUGGCAAACUCACAGAGUCCUCGAAGACGAGCAGCACCAUCCGGGUCUUCUUGCCAAAUAAGCAGAGAACGGUGGUCAACGUGCGGAAUGGGAUGAGCUUGCACGACUGCCUUAUGAAAGCACUCAAGGUGAGGGGCCUGCAACCAGAGUGCUGUGCAGUGUUCAGACUUCUCCACGAACACAAAGGUAAAAAAGCACGUUUAGAUUGGAAUACUGAUGCUGCCUCUUUGAUUGGAGAAGAACUUCAAGUAGAUUUCCUGGAUCAUGUUCCCCUCACAACACACAACUUUGCUCGGAAGACGUUCCUGAAGCUUGCCUUCUGUGACAUCUGUCAGAAGUUCCUGCUAAACGGGUUUCGAUGUCAGACUUGUGGCUACAAAUUUCAUGAGCACUGUAGCACCAAAGUCCCUACCAUGUGUGUGGACUGGAGUAACAUCAGACAGCUCUUGUUGUUUCCAAAUUCCACUAUUGGUGAAAGUGGGGUCCCAGCACUACCUUCUCUGACCAUGCGUCGGAUGCGAGAGUCUGUUUCCCGGAUGCCUGUUAGUUCCCAGCACAGGUAUUCCACACCCCACGCCUUCACCUUCAACUCCUCCAGCCCCUCCUCCGAAGGUUCCCUCUCCCAGAGACAGAGGUCGACGUCCACACCUAACGUCCACAUGGUCAGCACAACGCUGCCUGUGGACAGCAGGAUGAUUGAGAAUAACAGCCUGAAUACUUCUCCCAGGGCGUGGUCCAGAGGAUUUUGUGUAAGGGGAAGAGAUGCAAUUCGAAGUCACAGCGAAUCAGCCUCCCCGUCAGCCCUGUCCAGCAGCCCCAACAACCUGAGCCCAACAGGCUGGUCACAGCCCAAAGCCCCUGUGCCGGCACAGAGAGAGCGUGCUCCAGGACCUGGCACCCAGGAGAAGAACAAAAUUAGGCCUCGUGGACAGAGAGAUUCAAGUUAUUACUGGGAAAUAGAAGCCAGUGAAGUGAUGCUGUCCACCCGCAUCGGGUCAGGCUCCUUUGGAACUGUCUAUAAGGGCAAGUGGCAUGGAGAUGUGGCGGUAAAGAUCCUGAAGGUGGUGGACCCAACCCCAGAGCAGUUCCAGGCCUUCAGGAACGAGGUGGCGGUGCUGCGCAAAACGCGGCAUGUGAACAUCCUGCUCUUUAUGGGGUACAUGACGAAGGACAACCUGGCGAUUGUGACCCAGUGGUGUGAGGGUAGCAGCCUUUACAAACACCUGCAUGUCCAGGAGACCAAGUUCCAGAUGUUCCAGCUGAUUGACAUCGCUCGACAGACAGCGCAGGGCAUGGACUACUUGCACGCGAAGAACAUCAUCCACCGGGACAUGAAAUCCAACAACAUAUUUCUCCAUGAAGGCCUAACGGUGAAAAUUGGCGAUUUUGGUUUGGCGACAGUGAAGUCACGGUGGAGCGGCUCUCAGCAGGUGGAGCAGCCCACUGGCUCUGUGCUGUGGAUGGCCCCAGAGGUAAUUCGCAUGCAGGACAACAACCCGUUCAGCUUCCAGUCUGACGUCUACUCCUACGGCAUCGUGCUAUAUGAGCUGAUGACGGGGGAGCUCCCCUACUCCCACAUCAACAACCGCGACCAGAUCAUCUUCAUGGUGGGCCGAGGUUAUGCCUCGCCAGACCUCAGCAAGCUCUACAAGAACUGCCCCAAGGCCAUGAAGCGGCUGGUGGCGGACUGCGUGAAGAAAGUGAAGGAGGAGCGGCCUCUCUUCCCCCAGAUCCUGUCUUCCAUUGAGCUGCUCCAGCACUCUUUACCCAAGAUCAACCGGAGCGCGUCUGAGCCAUCCCUGCACCGGGCAGCGCACACUGAGGACAUCAACGCAUGUACGCUGACCACAUCCCCGAGGCUACCUGUCUUCUAGUUGGCUCUGCACCCAGGGAGGGAGGGAGUCAGCAGCACCACUCAUCUACUGUCCUUGGGGCGAAGCGCACGUGUCCAGAAAAGCUGCUAAGGACCUUCUAGACCACACACAGGGCCUUACUUCACGUUGCCUUCUUCUCUACCCACGUGGCCCCAGAGGAGGAAGCUGGUCACCACCCUGCUGCCUCGCCCCUGUGGGCCUAGCCUUCUCCAGGUGCACACAUCUCACGCAAUACUGCGCUGGGCCCUGGCGGGCAGCAAGGGGGCGUAUUUUGGGAGAGAAAGGUGGUGAACAGCCUGGCCCCAUUGCGGGGACACAUGGUGUUUUGGAAAUCGGCUUUUUCACCUCUCAGACGGUGCAGGGCCAGUUUUGCACAUAUUGCACCAAACAGCCAGGACUGCCGGGACCCCAGCCGCAGAGAGCCUGCUUUUGGUACUAUGGAACUCGACUAUGGGGACGUGUCCCCAUGUCCCAUCUGCCCUCCCCAGGAGCAGCCCGCCUCACCGAUUCUGUCUUCCAGGAGCUGCCCCUGUCCCAGGGCAAGCGCCGGCCAGCCCUGUCCCCAGUCACCCUCAGUGUUGUGUAUGCAAGGAAGCCAGGACCCAGGUUUUCUUGAUGAUCUGGGUUUUAAUUUUGUUUUUAUUGCACCUGACAAGAUACAAGUUAUCUGAUUGUUCCUCAAUUAUGUUAUUUUAAUAAAAUAAAUUAAAUCUA